AUGUCCCUCUUUGGAACAUCGCCUAUCGAGGAAAACGCUCCCUCGACGCCUAACCGAUCACGUGGCGGGGGGGGAGCAGCCCUCUUCGACAACGACACCGUCCCAUCGCUUGGUAGCGGCGGCCUGUUCGUCAAUGAUGAGCACCAUGGCGCGGGAGGCCAUGGCAAUGAUGCUGACUCGCCAUGGGAUAUGCCCACACCGCGCAAACAUCAGAGUCGUUCUGAGCUGAUCCGCAACCUACUACCGGCGUCGGACGUGCCCGAAAGCUACAUCACGACAUUUGACGCUGUUCUGCGCCAACAUGGCGACGCGGCCGGUAGAGUCACAGCCGCUGGCAUCGCCGAUGUCUUUGCCACGGCACGUAUCGAUGCGGAUGCCCAGGCGAGCAUCAUGGCCUUGCUUGCGGCCGGCGGCAAUGCCUCGGACCUGACGCUCGGUCGCGGCGAGUUCAAUGUCCUACUGGCGCUUGCCGGCCUGGCGCAGGAAGGCGACAUCAUAAGCCUCGACGGGGUCGACGAGCGCCGAACAAACCUUCCCCGGCCCAAACUGGCCGGCCUGACCGCCGAACCCGUCUUACCACCCAUCGCCGAGCUCGCCGCAAAGCCUCCUCAGACGCCUGUUGCCCCUGUCGCCAUCAACAAAGCUCCCAAGAUUCCCGAGCAGCACCAGGCAGUCCUCCGGACCGCCAUGGACGAUCCGGAAGACGACCCAUGGAACACCCCCGACAUGCACAAGGGCCACGCCCACACGAGGCAGAAUGGCACAGGCAGUGCUGUAUCCAAUGGUCACUCAGGUUUCGGGACUUCACCCGCGGCUCUGCCGGCGCCUCAAACUCCAUCUGAACCCUACUCCGCUCCGACUCGCAUCAACACAAAUUCGGGUCUCCGACCAAGCAGCGGAAUCGCCGGCCCGGAUGGCUGGGGUUCCGGCUUCUAUGCUAAUCCGCAAACGCCAACCGCCGGACCAAGCAGUUCUAACCCAUUCGACAGUGACGGCGCAGGUCCUGCAUCAGCCGCGCCUGGUGCUGUACCGCCUCUGCCAGAGUCUAGCCGCACCACCACCGCUCGGGCCGGGGGCACCAUCGAGGAGAAUGUUAUAGUCACCUUAAUGCCAGGCAAAGAGGGCAUCUUCAUGUUUCAACACCACAACUACGAGGUUACCAGCCAAAGACGAGGAAGCAAAGUCAUCCGCCGAUACAGUGACUUUGUCUGGCUGCUCGACUGUCUGCACAAGCGCUACCCCUUUCGCGUACUUCCUCUGCUGCCACCAAAGAGGGUUGCUGUCAACGGCAACCAUUUCUCCAACGACGGCUCAUUCAUCGAGAAGCGAAGAAGAGGUCUAAGCCGUUUCAUCAAUGCCCUCGUUAGGCAUCCCGUCCUCAGCCAGGAACAGCUUGUCGUCAUGUUUCUGACUGUCCCGACUGAGCUCGCUGUUUGGCGUAAACAAGCCACGAUUUCCGUCCAGGACGAGUUUGCCGACAAGCCAUUACCCCCAGGUCUCGAAGAUUCUCUUCCGCCCGCUCUCGAAGACCUUUUCUUAAAGACGAGGUCUGGUGUGAUCCGCUCGGCCGAACUCUAUAUCAAUGUGUGCAACAUUAUGGAUCGUCUAGUGAAGCGCACCGAAGGCGUCGCUGCCGACCACGCUCGUGUCGCCAUGUCUCUCGCGUCUCUUACCGAAACAUCUGCCGAUACAUAUGCUACUGACACCAACGAAGUACCACUACUGAAUGACGGUCUCACUGCUAUGAGCAGGCAUUUGCGAACUUGUCAGUCGCUGCUCGAGGACGAGAGCAAGGGCUGGGAUGAAGGCGUGCUUGAGGAUUUGAAGCGCCAGCGUGACGCCCUCGUCAGCGUACGGGAGUUGUUUGAACGUCGCGACAGGCUGGACAAGGAUAACAUACCCAAUCUGGAACGCCGUAUUCAAGCCAACGAAACCAAGCUGGCGACUCUACGUGGGAAGCCCGAAGGCGCUGUCAAGCCCGGUGAGAUUGAUCGGGUUGCUGAGAACAUCAUCAAGGACAAAGAAUCCAUCGUCCAGCAACAUAAUCGAUCCAUCUUUGUCAAGGAGUCUAUUCGUGACGAACUCAUCACGUUUCAGCAAACGCAGUACCACGUCAGUCGCUGGAACCAGGACUGGGCAGGGGAGCGUGUCAAGUAUGCCGAGAUGCUGGCUGACAACUGGCGGCGGCUACUGGACCAGCUUGAAGGCAUGCCUCUGGGUUACUAA